AUGUCCGCAUGGCGGCUCCGCCCGCUCAUGCUCUUCCUCUUCCUCUUGUCAGUGUUGCCCCGCGACGCACUCUCACAGAUAGCGCUGCCGCCACCGUCACCACCGUCUACGGUGGCGCGGAACAUAACAUGCAACAGCAUCCAGCAUCCAUUCGGCGUCAAUGGCAAAGCCCUGCAACAAGGCUUCGAGGUAACGUGCGGCCGAAACAAUGAGGCCAUGCUGCAGAUCGACAAGCAUAGCUAUAAAAUCGACCGUGUGUCGGUGGAAGGAGGCUUCGUCGUCAUCUUAGCCGGGCCCAUCCACCAAGUCUGCUACGACCGCAACGGUAAGCAGAUGAAGGCCACCGGAAUCGGCAAUAUCAGCUUGGAGCAGACGCCCUUCUCCUUCUCCAAUCGCAAUAAGCUGGUGGCCACUGGAUGCAACUACAGGCUAGUUGCUAAGUUCAGCAACUCGUCAGUCGGUGACAACUCCUCACAACAUAGGGAAGCUACCAGCUGCUCCCCCUACUGCGACGAAAGCUCCGGCACCGUCGAUUGCCUUCAUGGGGUAGCAUGCUGCAACGCCUCCAUGCCGAUCGAUGCCGCUCGGGAGUUCACCUUGAAUUUCGACAAGAUGGAAGAGCAAGACAUGGGCCAGGAGGAUGGCACUUGUAGCGCUGCCUUCUUCCUCGCCCCAGGCGAUGAAGUCUUCAGGGGUGCCAGAGGCGGUGUCCAGAGGCCGCUGAAAGACAUGUUGUUGCCGGCUGGUGACCACAGGAUGAUCUUGGAUUGGGCAGUUGGACGCAGCACAUGCCACCAGGCCUCGAUCCACAACUUGGCGACACGGUACUGCAACAAUAUGAGCAGGUGCAUUGACGCGCCCAGUGGAGCGGGCCAUCUCUGCAAGUGUCAUGCAGGGUAUGACGGGAAUCCGUACGCUGCCGAUGGAUGUGUAGAUAUAAACGAAUGUGAGACUCCCGGUGGCAACAAUUGCACCCUUCGGUUCUACUGCAACAACACCCAAGGAGGUUAUACUUGCUCGUGUCCCGAUGGCUGGAUCGGUGACGGUUACAAGACAAGGACAAGCUGCAAAGAGGCCAUCAGUCCAUCUGGUUCCCCUAUGCAGCAACCACAAGGUUCGAAUGUGUGCACUCAUCCUGAAAAGAACCCCUGCACAUACCCAGCGUACUGCAGUGAUGGACAAGGGGAAAUUGUGUGUGAUUGUCCUCCAGGCAUGAGUGGCAAUGGCCAGAAAGGGGGAAGUGGGUGUCAAAAGAACUUUCCCAUAGAUAUUGCUUUUGGUGUUGGUCUUGCACUUGUGGUUACAAUAUCUAGCACAGCUCUGUGCUACUACUGGGCCAUGAAGAGAAGAAAGAUGAGAAGAAAGAGAGCUGAGUUAUUCCGUAAGAAUGGAGGUUUGCUGUUGCAGCAGAGAUUUACAGCAAUCACAUCUCAAGGUACGGACUCGUCGGCAAAGAUAUUCAGUGCGGAAGAGCUCAAGACUGCAACUAACAAUUACAACGAGACUCGAAUCCUUGGCCGAGGUGCAUAUGGAACAGUAUAUAAGGGUGUUCUUCCAGAUGAGACUGUGGUUGCUGUAAAAAAGUCCAGGGUGUUUGAUGAGAGCCAGGUGGAGCAAUUUGUCAAUGAGAUUACCAUCUUAUCACAGACCGAUCACCCAAAUGUUGUCAAGCUUUUGGGAUGUUGUCUAGAGAUAGAAGUUCCCUUGCUGGUGUAUGAAUUCAUACCCAAUGGAACACUCUUUCAGCACAUCCACGACAGAAGUGGACCUCGCUCCUUAACAUGGGAGGAUGCCUUAAGGAUAGCUGCAGAAACAGCAGAAGCACUUGCCUAUCUCCAUUCCACAGCUGCUAUACCAAUUAUUCACAGGGAUAUCAAAUCAAGCAACAUACUGUUGGAUGAGAACUUUGUAGCCAAAAUUUCAGACUUUGGUGCAUCAAGAUCAGUUCCAUUUGAUCAAACUCAUGUAACCACCCUUAUUCAAGGUACUAUAGGUUACCUCGAUCCUGAAUAUUUUCAAAGCAGCCAGCUCACAGAAAAGAGUGAUGUCUACAGUUUUGGAGUAGUUCUUGCAGAACUACUGACAAGGCAGAAGCCUAUUUCCGUAGGCAGGCCAGAAGAAUCAUGCAACUUAGCCAUGCAUGUGGUAAUUCUAGUAAAUGAAGGGCGGCUACUUAAGGAGAUAGAGCCACACAUUUUGGAAGAAGCAGGUGAAGAGCAACUCUAUGCAGUUGCGCAGCUCUCUGUGAGAUGCUUAAGUAUGAAUGGACAAGAACGACCCAUUAUGAAGGAGGUUGCAUCAGUUUUAGAGGAGCUAAGAAGGUCAUUCACCAAGGAGCAAACUAUGAGAAAAACAGAUGAACCAUAUAAUGAACAAGGGAACCUUCUACGUGAAGCAAGUUCCACUUCCAGCCUGCACCGUUCAGAAGGAAGUACACAGUUGAGCAUGGAGGCUGAAAUGAAAGCUUCUUGUCAGACUCCAAGAUGA